AUGAACACAUCCCAGGGAUCGGUGUUGUUCGAGGAUAUAUCUGUGGACUUCACCCAGAAGGAGUGGAAGCUGCUGGACCCUGCCCAGAAGCUCCUGUACAGGGAUGUGAUGCUGGAGAACUACAGGCAUCUGGUGUCACUGGGGCACUGCGUCACCAAACCUGAGCUGAUAUUCAAGUUGGAGCAAGGAGAAGAGCCAUGGGUACCAAAGAAAGAACUCCCAAGUCAGAGCCGCCCAGCCUUGAGGAAGUCAUACCACACUCAAAGUGAGAGAACUCAUGCAGGAGAGAAAAUCUGUGACAGUGAUAAAUGUGGGAAAUCCUUCCAUGAAAAGCCAUGCCUUACUCAACAUCAGAGAACUCACACAAAAGAAAAACCUAGUGAGUGUAAUGAUAGUGAGAGAGCCAUAAGGAAGGAAUCGCACCUCACUCAAAGUCAGAGAAUUAACACAAGAGAGAAAAUCUUUCAAGGUAGUAAAUGUGAGAAAUCCUCCUGUGAGAAGCUAAAAUUCGCUCAACAUCAGAGAAUGCACUCGGGGAGGAAAACUAAUGAGUAUCACAAAAGUGGCAGGACCAUAAGUAAGAAGUCACACCUCACUCAAAGUCAGAAAGCUCACAAAGGGAAGAAAGCCUACAAGUGUAAUAAAUGUGGGAAAAGCUUUCCUAAGAAAACAGACCUUACUCAACAUCAGAGCUCACACACAGGGAAAAAACCCUAUGAGUGUAAUGAAUGUGGCAAGUCCUUUUUUGUGAAGUCCAACCUCACUGAACAUCAGAGAACUCACACAGGAGAAAAACCAUAUGAAUGUAAUGAAUGUGGGAAGUCCUUCUGCCAGAAGUCAGCCCUCACAGUUCAUCAGAGAACUCACACAGGAGAGAAACCAUAUAAAUGUAAUGACUGUGGGAAAACCUUCUGUGUGAAAUCAAACCUUACUCAACAUCAAAGGACCCACACAGGAGAGAAACCCUAUAAAUGCAAUGAAUGCUGGAGAUCUUUCUGUGUGAAAUCCAACCUUGUUGUGCAUCAGAGAACUCAUACAGGAGAGAAACCCUACAAAUGUCCUGAAUGUGGGAAAACCUUCUAUGAAAAAUCAGCCCUCACAAAACAUCAGAGAAUUCACACAGGGGAAAAACCCUAUGAAUGUAAUGAAUGUAGAAAAACCUUCAGCCAGAGGUCAGCCCUCACCAAACAUCAAAGAAAAACACACAAGAAGAAAACUAUCAAUGCUGCCCGCAUGCAGAAGCCUGCAUCUACAAAUCAGAUUCGUUGA